AUGUGUAUGAUUUACGUUGUUGGUUUGUGGUUUUAUUUCAUUUGUUCCCUAUGAAGUAAAAUUAAUUACAGAAUUUUAAGUAGUAUAGCAUGCUUGUGAAGGCCCUUUGUGAUUUCGUUUGUGCAACGGUUUCAAUCCAAGGAUUGGCUUGGUGGACUGUGAUGGAAGUUAAUUCUCCGUGGCGCUAAACAGAGGGUGCCGAUUGCGCCCUUACACCCCACGGUGACUACAAGGUUAAACUCAUCUCUCAUAAAGGAAUUGGAGAUUAAUUUGGAAAAAGUUAUCAUAAAUAAGAAGUUAUUCCACUAUGCUUUAUAUGACAUCCGCUUAAUUUGUCAGGAUGUCGCCGUCGGCGUCGGUGUCGCCGUCGACGGAUACGUCUGGGAGGACAUCAUCAUGACGUUUUUGUCACUUCCCUUCGAUGUCAUCAUAUUAUGCGGAUUCUACUGUGACCUUAUCAACAACCGACAUGCUGCAUGCUUUGAAAACAAAUCAAACAAAUUUUUAAUAGACUGAUUAUUGUGUAUUGGUCGGCAUAAACAAAGGCAUGACUUUGAAGUGACUUUUAGUGUAGGAGCAUGUAUAUUGUCAUAGUCUUGCCAUAGACGAGCAACAUGCAAGCUAUCAACCUGAAAGAUGAGAUGUUAGACCUGUCAGAUGAGGAGACUCAUCGGAAGCCGGAGGUGGUUGUGAAGCAAGAUGUCAUUGGCCUUCAGGCACCAAACAUGCAGGAGACAAUUGAUAACCCACAGAAUGCUACGACCGUGAAGGAGAGUAUUGACCAGCAAGAACGUGACGUGAAGCGCGAGCUCCUCGGUCAGGCAGUAAAGUAUGAUGCUGACCUUGAGGUCAUUGGCUCGAAGCCGGAGGCAGAAGAGGACGAGGCGGUGUGGUGGAUGUGCUCCGGGCAUGGAGGGGAUGUGCGCGGGGGAGGGAGGGGAGGAAGGGGCGACCCCGCGACCAUCACCCCCACACCCACACCCGCCCCUGCCACCAUCACACAAGAAGCCGAGCUCGAGACGGCGCGGGCGCGGGCGGGCUGUCACGUCGGGCGUACACAUACACCGCGGACAGACGAGACUUGGACACGCACACCGCGGACAGACGAGACACGGACCCGCACACCGGGGACAGACGAGACACGGACCCGCACACCGGGGACAGACGAGGCACACGCACCCUACUACCCCUGCACGACGUGUGGAAAACGGUUCACAAAGCGAACUAAUUUAACGCGCCACCGUCUCCUUCAUACUGGAAUAAAAUCGCACACCUGCGCCACGUGUAGCAAAACGUUUACAAGAAGCGGCUAUUUAAAGGCACACGAACGCACCCACACCGGUGAAAAAUCGCACGUCUGCGAUGUUUGUAAAAAAGAGUUUACACUUAAGGGUGCGUUAGUAAAACACCAACGGAUUCAUACUGAUGAACGACCAUACGCCUGCGAUAUUUGUACUGAAGCGUUUAAAUAUAAGCGUUUGUUACUAGUGCACCAACGGAGGAGUCACACCGGUGAACGACCUUACGUCUGCGAUAUGUGUAAUAAGCCGUUUGCAGAUCCGGGUCAGUUACACACACACCGACGGAUUCACACUGGCGUACGACCCUACUCUUGCACCAUGUGUGAAAAAACGUUUACAAGUCGCUACGAAUUGAAGGAACACGAACGCACCCACACCGGUGAAUAUCCGUUCGUCUGCGAUGUUUGUACUAAAGCGUUUGCACGUAAGGUUUUGUUAGUAGCACACCUACGGAUUCACACUGGCGUACCCUACUCUUGUACCACGUGUAACGCACAGUUUAAAAGCCAGAGUGGAUUAAUUAGUCAUCAAUGGAGUCACAUUGGUGAAAAGCCGUACCGCUGCGAUACGUGUCACAAGUCAUAUCCAAGUUUGCGUUAUUUAGAUAUCCACAAACGGACACAACUUCAUAUACGAAAUCAUAUACAACUUGAUCGCGAGCGUGAAUGCAAAAUAUGUGGGGAAAAGUUUGAUGAAUCGAGUAGUUUAGGAGAACAUGAAGAAACACACAAAACUGAAAAGGCACACACCUGCGGGAUAUGUUACGAGGGGUUUGACUGCUUGAGCGACUUUCAAAAUCACGCACGAAUUCACAUGUAAAAAUAAAUACGCACUAUAAUACUUGAUAUUGUACUUAGCAUUUAAGGUUACUAUUCUACAGUAGAAAUCCCUUAAUACGAUCACGUUUAUUACGAUUUCCCGCAUAAUAGGCCAUUUUACGCCGGUCCCUGGAACUUUAGGCGGUUUUUAUACAUUUUUUCACGGUUAAUACCUUAAUAGGUACGACAUAAUUUUGUAGCCCGCCCAGAAUAGGCGAUCGGCUAAUUGGUUAAUUUGUAGGUAAGUUCCUGCUUACACUUGGAUUUCAUUUGCUCAUUAUCACCGCUGCGGUGUUUUGUGUUCUGAGUUAUAAAAUUCUUAUCUUCAUUCUUAUUCGUGUAUUAGCGUUCAGUGAUGUCAAAAAUUAAAAGAAAAGCAUUUACACGUUAAAUACGAUUUCCCGUUUAAGACGCUUUUCUUGCUAUGUCCCCGUUAGAAUCGUCUUAAGCGGGUUCUACUCUACUUAGUUUAUAAAGUAGCGGAGCCAUGCGAUGCGUAUGCGUGUGCGUAGGUAGUAUGCAGAUACCCUGGCCCCUAUUUCACCACGGUGACAGGUGCGACAAUUGUCGAUAUCACUGUUACUGACGUCACAGGCCUUCACAGACUACGGUAACCGCUUACCAUCGGACGGGCGGUGUGCUUGUUUGCCACCAACAUUUUGAUUAAAAAUACGCUCCAUUAUGUCGCCAAUAAAUAGGAACUUAUUUUGCGCAGCAUACUGCAAUACAUAUCACGACGAUAAUUCAGGGUUGUCAAAAAUCAUGUUUUUAACCAACUGUUGCAAUUAAAGAGGAUUUCUGGUUUUCAUGUCAUAAAACAUAAAGCAAGCUGCAUAAUUGCAUGCACCUACAUGCAAAUCAAGUGUCCACGCAAUUUUGCAGCUGAGUGUGUAUGAUUGAAAACAAAGAUUUGUAGGUAGUGACCCAAUAAGUAAGUUUUUUUUUUUUAAAAUUUAUUGAAUAAGGAAGCAAAUUACAGUUUUUUAGAUCAUUACAAGACCCAUCGUAGGCAAAACCUUAUGGAGGUUUGUGUGCCGAUGGGGAGUUCGAGAAUAACAUAAAGAAAAACAAUAUUAUAUCCUAUAUCUUAUCAUAAAUAUGAUUCUUAGUAUACAUAGCUUGUGUCGUUAGUUUUUAAUAAGUGCAUUUUAACGACAUUUUGUAAAUAUUUUAUAGCAUGAACCAAGUUAUCUUGUAAAAUACCACGAAUUUUUUCCACGAAUCACGAAUUGUUAUCGCUAAAAGUCUUUCCUUCUUAUUUUCUUUGAAAGCCUGGCAACCCUUAUUUGUGACCGGAUUUUUGCAGGCAACCCUAUACCAUUGUAUUCGCAAUAAAAUUACCAUUAUUUUGAUAUAUAAUUCAAUCGUCAGACAGAUGGGUGCAAUUAUCGAUUUAAACUCACCUGUUUAAACACGGCAACCUCAUAAUAGUGACCGGAAACACAUAGGCAACCUAAUUUAUUCAUGUUGUACAAGUUGUAUACUUUCCAUUGGAACUUAUUUCGUUUGUCAAACGAAUCGGUGAAAUUAAAAGAAAAAAAAAUAUUUCUAAAAAUAGCCUUGACCAUAUUUCUUUAGGCAACCCUAUUUAUUCAUGUUCAGGAACAUAUUUUCUUUCAUAAUAUAUAAGUUUCAUCCGUCAGACCAAAGAUAGAUAUAACUCCGUAAUAGAUGGAUACAGUCUAAGGAAGAAACGUGCCUCGAAAAUCAAGAAAAUUUGAUUCUCGAUCAAAUGACGCCACUACCUUUGGCCUACUCUCGUAUAGAGGGCGUUGACGGUUUCGUUUGUUAUUUAACAAUUUUAACGCAUAUCAGUGAAACAACAUGGAUCAAAAUCAUAACAAUAAUUAAUGCAAAUAAAAAAAAUCAUUUAUCCAUAUUUAAAUACAUUUUAUCGCAUUUUUAUAAAUCCUCAUUUUUAGUUUUAAAGUGUGUCGAUAAAUGGCAGUGAAUUUACUGUGGUUACAAAAUUUACUAUGACAGUACCGCUCUAUCCUAUUAUAUCCUCUUUGGUCAGACGUAUCGGUGAAGGUCGACCAUAUAUAACGUAUCUUGGACUAUGAAUCAUGGGUGUUUCCUAUGUAUAUAAGUAUGCACUUAUCUAUAUAAGUAGGUAUGUAUAUAGUCGCCUAGCACCCCCAUAGUACGAGCUUUGCUUAGUUUGGGGCCAGGUUGAUCUGUAUAAAAUAAAAUGUCCCCUAAUAUUUAUUUUUAUGCGACUUUAAAUGUGCCCUCAUUUGAUAACAAAUGUAGCUUCGAGUAUAAUAUAUAAUAUCUUAUAGUAGGUUCUAUAAUUUUAGUUUAUUUCGUAUUAAAUAAUCUUACGGAGGAUAAUCGAGGAGGACGUCUUUCAACAUCAACAGUCGACACCUCACCUUGAACUAAAAACGCAGUUGUGUGCUCAAUGAUAAUAAGUUUUUGGUAAAAAAAAUUUUUUUGGUACAAGCUUUUAUAGCUGACUGUACUUUUCUUUCCACAGACAACAAAUACUCAUCGAGACAAUUUUCAAAACCCUAAACACAAUUAGGUUGCGUUGUUUUAUCACAGAGUUCCUACGACCACCUCCUGUCUCCAUCAUCAGAUCAGCUCGAUGGUACCAUAAUAUUACAUUAACACCCGACUUACAUAUGUAUGCAAGUUUUCAGCUUCAUUGGAAGUUGGGAAGUGGGUCAAAUUUAACUUGCAAGAUUUGACUCUAACAAACAUACAUACGUACAUUGCAAGUUAAUAAAAAGCUUGUAAAAAGUAUUGUGUUAAACAAAUAAUACUAGUGCAAGUGCUAUUUUUGGUUGCUGGACCUUGUUACCCGCCGGACCUUACAUACCUCACCUACCUUAUAUAAAUAUCAUUAGAAUUUAAGACUAGGGAAUAAGUCCCUCGCACUAGUUAAUAACAUCUUCAACAGUAAAGAUAAUACUAUG